UGAGUAGCGUACGUAGUUUUGUAUGACGUGUCUAGUGAUUGUUUAUAUGUAGAAUUAGUUUCCCAAUCUUUGAUAGUUGCUGUUGAUGCGUAAUAGUGCCAGAAAAAUCAGCCUUGUCCCAGUGGCCUUGAAACUCACGCCAUGAAUGCAGUCAAUUGAAAUGAACCCUGUCAGUUGGACAAGAUAAAAGAACGGGCACGUCAGAUAGCCGAGCUCCCACAAGACAAGUUUAAUGUAUUGGUUUUAAGCGCCCGUGAGUUCAGUCUUGCACAAGGUCGGCCCAAGAUGAGUAGUUUAGAUGCCACCAGUGGGCCUGGCUCGGAUGACUGGAGUGGUGAAGAUGAGGAUGAUGGCGGCACAGAGGGAAGUAAACGUAGCUACAGCCACCCGAACUUCAUGCUGGGUUGUCACGUGAAAAGAGAGGAUGCUGAACGAGACUCAGGACUUCCUUCAUCAGGAAAGGGUGCCGAAAAGUUGGUGCGACCUUGAAGGAAGCGAUUUGGAGGAAAGAGGGGCAUAUGACUACUUUUAUCCUGAUGAAAGCAUCAAGAAAAGUGACGCUGUGAAGAUUAGUCAUACAGUCAAUCCAGAUUUCGAUGAAGUUAUCGAUGUUGAAUCCGACAAAAGCUCCAUCGAGUCACCCCGAAGUGAUGCCUCCAGUACAAACGAGUAUAACGUGACCAGUCCUCUCGAGGAAGAUGGGAUUGAGAUGAAGACCUUCAGGCAUCAGGAGAUCCCUCAAGGGGGCAUCCACAAAGCCCUGUAUGGCAAGGGGGAUCAUAUUCCGUACACUGUCUUGCAGAACGAGAGUGAUGAUGAGGAGUACUGUCACACGGAACAGCAGAGAAGGUUCAUGAGCUCCGACUGCACUAUGACGAGAGGUGCUCGAAGUGUAGAUGAUGGGGUCUGCUUCCCUUUCAACAGGAACAAUCGCUAUUCUAGCUAUUCUCGAACUCCAGAAGAGGCUGAAAGUGGGGGCUUCCAGAAGCAUGGUACUUUCUUGAGCCGCAAACCUCCAUUCGGUUAUGGAGAGGAACAGCUGACGAAUGUCGGUGGGUCAAUCGCUCGUCUCCUGCCAAGCAACAACAUGUCCCCAGGGGCAGACAUCGGGGAGGAUGGCAAGAAGAAGAAAGGCAUAAAGAAAAAGAAAGGAACAAAAGAUGAUGCCGAUGAACGUGUGAGCAGCUCAAAGACCAGGAAUAGUUGCCAUGACAUAAACGGAAACCCAAUUGCACCUAGUGCCUACAGGCAAAUGAGAGAGCCACCCAACAAGUCAGUCGAGGGAAGUCUUGUCAGCUCAAGAAAGCCUACUAAUUAUGGAACAUAUCCCCAACAUCCCCCCUGAAUUUCCACGUGAAACUGAAUUUCGACCCUUUCCCAUUUCAAGGGCAAUCAGUUAAAGACUUGGAAGACGGGUCCUCAAGCACUGAUCGCAAGAAACCUCGUAAAAAGACACAUAAGGAGCCUGUGAAGCUUUCUGAAGAUAUUCCCAAUUAUGUUGGGAACAUAGCUAGUGUAGACGAUCUUGUCAAAUUUAUAGAAACACAUAAAUUUGGUGAAAAACAACUGAAAAAGAAAGUCAGUCAGAAGUCUAGUCCUGGCAGUGAGAUUGCUGCAAAAGCAGACAAAGCAGCUAAAAAGAAUAAG